AUGCCGUCCGCCACAAGCGCAAUUCCGGCGACGCAGCGCGCCGCUGUCAAGGAAGGCCACGGUGCCUCGGCCAAAACGCCACUGCGCGAGGUAGCCGUGCCGCAGCCGGGCCCAGACGAGAUCCUGGUCAAGCUGACGUGGACGGGCCUGUGUGCGAGCGACAAGUCGCUGCUGCACGACGAAUGGGGUGGCGUCGGCCUGGCCAUGACACCCGACACCCACGGCAUCGCCGGCCAUGAGGGUGUCGGCCGGGUCGUGGCCAUGGGUCCGGGCGUCGAGGCCGCCGGCCGCUGGAAGCUGGGUGACCGUGCCGGCAUCAAGUGGAUCGCCAGCGUGUGCGGCCACUGCGUCUUCUGUCGCGACUCCUACCAGGGUGGUGAGGUGCUCUGCCUGCACCAGAAGAAUUCCGGUUUCUCUGUCGCCGGCACCUUCCAGCAGUACUGCGUCACCUCGGCCGCCUACGCGACCGUCCUGCCAGACGCCGUCUCCGAUGAGGAGGCUGGCCCCAUCAUGUGUGGUGGCGUCACGGCCUACUCCGCCUGUAAGCGCAGCCAGGUCCGUCCUGGACAGUGGAUCGUCCUUCUCGGCGCUGGCGGCGGCCUCGGCCAUCUCGGCCUCCAGUACGCCAAGGCCAUGGGCAUGCGCAUCAUCGCCGUCGACGGCGGCGCUGCCAAGCGCGAGAUCUGCCUCCGCAUGGGCGCAGAGAUCUUCCUUGACUUCGCCGACACCCCCGACAUGCCUGCCGCUGUCCUCGCUCUCACCGACGGCAUCGGCGCCCACGGCGUCAUCAACUUUGCCGCCGCUCCCUCCGGAUAUGCAACCGCCCCUUAUCUGCUGCGCAGCAACGGUACCCUCGUCGCUGUCGGCAUGCCCGGUGACCCGGCCGUGCUUGCUGGUGCCCCGCCCAUGAUGUUGGCUAUCAAGAGACUCAAUAUUGUCGGCAGCGCCGUGGGCACCCUUGCCGACGUGGACGAAGCCCUCGACUUCACCGCACGUGGCCUGGUCCACCCAAUCCUAACCAAGGGCACUCUGGCCGACGUCGACAGACUUAUGGACGACAUGGUGUCUGGAAAACUUGCCGGGCGGGCAGUGCUGAAAAUUGAGGACUAG